AAAAGUGCGGGCUUCCCUUUUCAUUGUUACAACUGGGAACUAUUGCAUGACAGUGGAUUGGAAGGGGGGACAAAAAGGGGAGAAUGUUCGCGAUGGUGACUGGGCAAUUCUGCGUCUCCCCGACCGAGCGUCGCUACAGCAUAUGCGCGUCUAUUUUCUUAUUUUUUUUAUGUUUCGUUUUCUUUUUCCAAUUUUCACCUUUUGUGUUGAUAUAUCCAGUUAGACUUGUGUUCUCUUCGAAUGGAACAAACAGUACAGGACGAAGACCGUUAUGGUGCUCUCGAAAUGGAAAGGAAAUACUAAAGUGGAAGUGGGAAUGACAGGACAGUUGUGUAGGUCAAGCGAACUAGGUGAAAGCCGUGAGGCAAACCGACGCCGAUCUUCUUCUCGUAGUACAUGUAGCGUCUAGUGGAGUUUCUAUG